GCGGCGGGGGAGGCUGUUUAAAGUGGCGCUUGCGGGAUGGCGGAGCCGGCGGACUAUCCCCCGUUCCAGCUGGGGAAGCCCCGCUUCGAGCAGAGUUCAUUUUAUGGCAGAUUCAGGCACUUCCUGGACAUCAUUGACCCCCGCACCCUGUUUGUGACUGAGAGCCGGCUGAAGGAGGCAGUGCAGCUGCUGGAGGAUUACAAACACGGCACUCUGCCCCCAGGAGUCACCAACAAACAGCUGUGGGGAGCUCAAAAAAUCAAACAGGCCAUCAUCCACCCUGACACCAACGAGACCAUCUUCAUGCCUUUCCGAAUGUCAGGUUACAUCCCCUUUGGAACCCCCAUCGUUGUUGGUCUCCUCCUGCCCAACCAGACCCUGGCCUCCACUGUGUUUUGGCAGUGGUUGAACCAGAGCCACAACGCGUGUGUGAACUAUGCAAACCGCAACGCGAGCAAGCCUUCUCCGACAUCCAAGUUCAUCCAGGGCUACUUGGGAGCUGUCAUAAGUGCUGUCUCAAUAGCAGUGGGCCUUAAUGUUCUGAUCCAGAGAGCCAACAAGUUUACCCCGGCCACGCGGCUGCUGAUCCAGAGGUUUGUGCCAUUCCCCGCUGUCGCCAGUGCCAACAUCUGCAACGUGGUCCUGAUGAGGCACACGGAGCUGGAGGAGGGAAUCGAUGUGUUGGACACUAAUGGGAACAUCGUCGGCUCUUCCAGAGUUGCUGCCAAACACGCCCUGCUGGAAACAGCCCUGACCAGAGUGGUCCUGCCCAUGCCUAUACUGGUUCUACCUCCCAUCAUCAUGUCCGUGCUGGAGAAGACGUGGCUCCUGAGGUGCCGGCCCCGGAUGCUGCUCCCGGUGCAGAGCCUCGUGUGCCUGGCUGCCUUUGGGCUGGCGCUGCCCCUGGCCAUCAGCCUCUUCCCGCAGAUGUCCGAGAUCGAGACGUCCCAGCUGGAGCCGGAGAUCGCCAUGGCCACCACCAGUAAAACCGUGGUCUACAACAAAGGCUUGUGAGUGCCAGAGGAGCAUCCCAGCCCAGGAGGUCUGGGGAGGGAAGAGGGGAAGCUCCAGCCCUGCGAGAAAGCAAACAGCAACAAGAAGAAGAUGAAAUAAUAGAGCUCGGUGAUAGGAGCUGCUCCCGGCAGCCCGGGAGUGAAUUAACACCUGCAGAGAACUGACACCUCACACCACUCAAAAAGAGUCAUAGUAAAAGUUCUAACUUAGCAACAGGAGCAGCAACUGCAACAAAUAAAAUCACGUUGAACCACUUUAGAACUAGCUAACAGAACUCAGAAUGGCUGGCACUGCAUGGAGGGAGAUCGGGGCGAGCUCAGAGCCGCCUGCGCGGCACAGACAUCACCCAGCACAUCCUGUGUCCCCACGGCUGCUGCACAACACCAGCUCUGCAGAGACCAAGGGGAGCGUGGCUGUGAUCGAUCAGGGGAUUGGGAAUGCCCAGUGUUGAUUUCUUGCCCAUCCCACCCCAGCACUCACCCCAGAGCUGAAGAGGAAUUGCCACGUCCGUGUGCCCAGUGAAGGGCUGGGCUGUGCCCCUCCGUCCUUCCUCCUCCUCCUCCUCCUCCUGCAGACACUGCUGGUGGCAUCCUGCCCUUCACUGCGAGACUGGCUGGCCCUGGAUCCCAGCCCCUGGAAUUCCACAGGGGCUUUGGCCUGGGUUUCAAGAUGCUGGAAAGCCGAGGUGCCCCCGGGUGGAGUGUUGGAGUAGAAAUGGUGCUGGAGCUGCUCUGUUCCUCUGCACAGCCCUGAGGGGGGUUUGUCCCACCCAGCACCCUCUGACAGGGAGGUUGUUAAUCUGAGGUGCUUGGCUAAGCCACGCUUUGCUGAGCUGGCGUCUAAGGACAGGAUGUGGUUUAAGUUUGGAUCAAUCCCCAGCUGGACAAGGAUCAUGGCAGGCCCCUUCCAACUGGAAUUCCUCUCCUCUCCUCUCCUCUCCUCUCCUCUCCUCUCCUCUCCUCUCCUCUCC